AUGUGUGAAUACCGGCAGGCAACACUGGUCGCUCAUGAUUUGUUUAUAUGGCAGAAUUUCGCGGUGAUGAAAUUGUUCGAGUACGCGCACGCUUGCACUCCGUAAUGGAAAAUUUUAUUUAUCGUUAGAAGGAUGUGUGUGUCAUGAUACCCUCGUAUCACCUGCCCUGGCAGGUGUCCACUGCACUCGAAGACCGAAACCAACAUUUCGGCACGCAUGGAGGAAACCGUUCCAGUCUACCGUCAUCGGAUCGAAACACUGCGGCAUGACUUCUGAGUUGGGAGAAUUUAUGUAUGAAGCAGUCAACCGCAGUGACGUUGAAAAUAUUAAAGCCUUGCUUCAGAAAGGAGUUCGAGUGAACACACUUGUUCAGUCUGGAUUCACUCUCCUAGGCCAAGCUGUUAAAAUUGGAAACAUCGAAGUUCUGAGACUACUUUUAAGUGCCGAGGAGUUAUCCCCACCAGAUGACGCCCAGUAUGCGGUCACCAGUGAGCAGAAAUAUGCACUUGAGGAAACAUUGGAUGCGUUUCUUCGACCAAAUGAUACCCAGCAGGGAACAUCGUGCCAACCUCCCCGAGCGUCGGAUAGUUGCAUAUUCCUGCCGCGAGAUGACGUCUCCCACAACCAGAUGGGGCUUGGCUUGUUCCAGUCCUUACGCCGUUUGGCACCCCACUGUCGUAAGACCGACGUCAACUUGCCGGAUUUCUACGACCGAAUGCCCGUCCAUUACGCCGCAGAUUUAGGCCGAACCGAUAUUCUGGAUUUGCUACUAAAAGCAGGGUGUAGGGUGAACGUCUCCGACAGUGAUAAUGUGACCCCGCUGCACCUAGCUGUGACUCGAGGGCACGAAGAAGUAGCAGUUAUGCUUCUUAAGGCUGGCAGCAGAGUGAAUAGUAAGAACAGUGACAAGUCCUCGACACUGCACAUUGCAGCCAGUCGUGGCUACACGGGCAUCGUGAAGAAGCUGCUUCAGCACGGGGCAAUGGUAGACGUCCCGGAUGCUUCUGAAAGGACACCCCUGCUGGUCGCGGUCAGUAGGGGCCAUGCCGAAGUUGUCAAGGUGCUGCUGGACUACCAUGCCAAUGCAAACAUAGAGGAAAUUCAUGGUUACACACCGUUAUCAGAAGCUGUAUGGAGGCGAGACGUCGCCCUCGUAAGACUGCUCCUGGACGCAGGGGCCAAAGUCCCGCACGGACAACACUUGCUGCACUACGCCGUAGCACACGGUGUGACCUCGUUGGCUAGCCUCCUCUUGGAACGCGGUGCCUCUGUCAAUGUUCGGGACGCACUUGGGAACACCCCCAUGCACCUGGCCAUACGUAAUAAACACCCGGAGAUGCUACAAGAGUUCUUCAGAAGUGGUGGUGACGUGAACAUUACAAAUGGAUUAUCUGGAUUGUCUCUGCUUCACGAAGUGGUUCUUGAGCUGCAGGAGGAGAACCUCAGCAUGUUCCGCACGAUACUUAACGUCCUUCUCAGCUACGGGUGUGAAAUGAACUGUGAAAGCUUCACCAAGGGAGACACUCCGCUUUUCAGGGCUUUACUCACCAAUAAAGUUCUCUUUGCUGAGGAGCUGAUACGUGAGGGAAGUGAUGUCAACAGUGGCAACGUGUACAGCUGUGAUAUUGACAAUAUGUGGCUCGCCAAGCGGUCAAAGAACUUAUCUCUAGUACAAAUGAUUUUUUACGCAGGCUAUGACAUGCAACGGACUCCACUUUCAUGCACUGUUCCUGAACGUCUCGCGGGAUCUCUUCAGUCAGACAACAUAGAGAGAUGGCUUGCUUUCGUUAAGAGAAAUCCAAUGUCCCUCUGCAGCUUUUGUCGCAUUGUCUUGAGGCGACAUUUGAAGCAGAACUUGAGCGCGAAAAUCUCUUUUCUUGAUGUGCCUGUGCGUGUACGGGACUUCCUUCUGCUGAAAGACAUCUGUGGACCAGGACUCGCGUUAGAGGAGGACGGUGAACUUGUGAAUGCAUCAUGAUCUAGGGUUUUGUGUUGAUUUCAAUCAAUUGUCAGUAAUAAAAUUAUACAGCUCAGCUUUGUAGCUGUUACGCUACGAUGUG